AUGCCCAUACGAUGGGAUAAAUUUCAGUACAAAUCUGAUGUCAGCUUCCUUUCAAAUGACAAAACUGUGGCAGUUCAAGGGACAAAAGUGUGGACGACAAAGGAGGCUAAAGCUCUCUUUGAGAUGCGGAAAGAAUAUGAAGAAAAGUUCGGUUCAAUGAAGUGUCAUAAAACACUGUGGGCCCAAAUAUCCUCUUCACUUUCCAAAGCUGGAGUAGUGGCAUCGGCUAUGCAAUGCAGUAACAAAUGGAAAAGCCUUAAAAGAGAGUAUAAGAAAACUAUUGAUCACAACUCUCACACUGGGAAUGAGAAGAAAACAUGUCAGUUCUAUGAGGAUUUCAAUGAGAUGUAUGGUCACAGAAGUGGAACCCAACCAGAAUUUGUAAUGUCAUCAAGAUCAACUGAGAAGGAGUGUAGAAGAAAAUCCGAUUCACAUAAUGACGAGUCCUUGGAGUCUCCCGGCCCAUCAUCAACAAAAGAAAAGGAAAAGAAAGCUCCUAAAAGGAAAGGGAGACAUGAUGCUAAUCUGGAGUUCUUGGAAAAAUAUGCCAAAAAACAAGAAAGUUUCCAAAAAGAUAGGUUAGAUUUGCUAAAAGAGCAACAUGUAGAAAAAAUGUCCAUGAUGGACAAAUUGAUGAAUUGUUUUAAGCAGAAACAAUUCUUAAUCUUAAUAAUACUCGGAUUAGAGGUAUAA